AUGGCCGAUGCUGAGGUUGCGUUCGUGUGGUCUUUGCAAACUAUAAGCUAUGCUCAGGUGGCGCUGCUUGCUCUUGCUUCUUAUGACUAUACUCUCACGUCUCCAUCAUUGAUACAACUCGUAGUCCUGUGUUUGAGCCGAGAGGUACGAUUCUCGACUUUACACACAUUCGACGUCCCUGACCCCGCCGCCAGAUUGAAUAUAUAUGGUUAUACACCAUUCUCGCGCAAGCGAAAAAGGCUUGUCUUUUCUGCAACCCUUGUAUACAGUGCGCUCAUUGAUGCAACAGUGACCGACCUCAGUAUCCAUGUGUCACCGACUGGGUCUUUCCCCCUUCUUCUCUCAUACCACAGGAGUUAUGCACUCUGGGCCUUGAUCGAGAUUACAUGCAUCAUCCCUGUUUCGGCAUUACAAUAUUCGAUGAUCACGCGUCUUUACGCGUUAUACGAUGGAAGUAAGAGGCUUUUGACUUUUAUGGUCGCUUGCUUUGUGGCGGAGCAAGUGGUCAAUGUGACUAUCUUAGCGAUAAAUUUCCGCAACAUCCACAAUACUAAUCAACGGCUGUCCUGGGAGCUCUUGUGUAAAGACGAUAUCUGGGUGAUCCUUGUCCGAGAUAACAUCAUGUUCUACCUUGUCUUCCGCGAGGAUGAGCGGAGCAACGCUGCCAUUUAG